AUGUACCGCCCAGAUACCCAAAGGCAUGUGGCGCAAACAUUGAAUAACUGUUUCCCAUACACCUCGCUGUUUCCCCGGAAAGGUUCAGCCAGAGCCCUGCCAUCUCCGUUCCUCCUAGCUGUCUCCUCUCGAGUGUCCUACCACAGCCGAUCCAAUAACAGGAAGCCAAAGCCUGUAGAUUCCUUGGCCGACGCCUUUGAGUCAAAGUUCGAGAACAGGGUCGACAGCAAGUUUGAUUCCAAGUUCAAGCUGAAUAUUGUCGAUACCCGGCAGGCAAAGACUGGGUUCAUCAACAGAGAAAACGGAGCCAAGCGUCGAACCUACAAUAAGGACGUCCCGCUCGCCACCCCGAAUUCUACCAGGACACCGUCCGCCGCUUUUUCUCGACGAGACGCCGAGCCCUUUGGCAGAGAAGCAGAACCCUUCCGCAAAGACGAGUCCUUUCGCAGAGACGAGAAGCCUUUCCGCCGAUACGAAGAGCCUUUUAGCAGGAAUAAGGAACGCUACCACCGAGACGAGCCUUUUCGCAGGGACGACAGAGACGAACCCUUUCGUCGCGACGAGAAGCCUUUUCGCAGAGACCGGCCCUACCGUAGGAACGACGAGCCUUUUGGCAGGAAUAAAGAACGUCGCGAGCCCUUCCAGCAGAAAUACGCUCUGAACACCAACAAACGCGGCACACGCCCACUGCCCACGGCAGAUUUCUUGGCCUCAAUCGUAGGACACAAGCAUCCCGGUGGUAUCGCUAGGAGAGACGUUGUCCGUGGUGAUCCAGAAUCGUUCCCCAACAAGCGGGUUUUCUGCAUACCGGCCAAUUGGAACAAAGUCUCGGCGAAAAUCCCAGACUCUUGGAUCUACUGUGCCGACUUGAUUCAGGGGCCAGAGACGGAACAGACACACUAUACAAAGUUACCGCCGGCUGGAGAGAAGAAAGACAUCCGCGCCGCCAUGACGAACUACUUCCAGAUCGCGGCGACGCCGACGGCGGAUACGGGCCCAGCUCUGAUGCUGCACUUUGAUCAGCGCCGCUACCUCUUCGGCAAUAUUGCGGAAGGAACACAGCGAGCGCUGAGCCAACGUAAAGUGAGCUUGGGCAAGCUGGAGGUCAUGUUUAUCUCGGGCGCAACUAUCCAGCAGAACACUGGCGGCAUGAUUGGCAUGAUGCUUACAGUCGCGGACGUUCUCGACGGUAGCAGGAGAGAGGUGCACGAGAGGAACCAGGCGAGGAAGGGCACGGGAAAGAAAUUGAUCGCGGCCAAGGGUCCCGAGCGGAUUGAGAUCCACGGUGCCCAGAACCUCGCAUACUCUGUCGCAACAGCGAGAGGGUUCGUGUUCAGAAAGGGACUUCCGAUUCGCGCCGUCGAACUGUACGAGGAUCCGAGAAUCGCCAACCCCGACGCCACCACUCCUGACUGGCAGGACGAGCUCAUUCAGGUGUGGAAGGUACCCAUCGCCUCCGAUCAUGUCAACCAGUCCCGUAAGAGAAGCCACGAGGUCAUGACGGCGGAAGAUGAAGGCCUGGCGAACCCAGCCGGUGCUGUUUCCGCCAAGGAGCAGGCCGUCAUUGACCGGGAAGCGAUCAAGGGUGUUGUUGAGAGCAUGUUCAACUCCAGCUGGACCAUGGACAAGCUGUACGAGACGAAACUUUCGCAGGUCCAGCUUCCCGCCACCAUCUUCGUCAGAGAAGACGGCAACAUCAAGAAGUACCAAGGUCCCAUGCCGGGCGGCGACGAACCCGUGCCUGACCUUGACGUUCUGGUGCGGUACCCUUGGCCGGCGGCCACGGUUGAGAAGUUGCCUAGCGCCUCCAUCUCAAACACUGCCGUCACCUAUAUCGUAAAGAACAAGGGCCGAAGAGGCAAGUUCAAUGCAGCUGCCGCGAAGGAAUUGGGUGUUAAGCCCACUGACAACAAGAAACUCACCGACGGAGUGUCUGUCCAGGGCAAGGAUGGUAUCACCGUCACGCCUGAGAUGGUUCUCGAGGCGCCGAUCAAGCCUCAGGGCUUCACAGUCAUUGAUAUCGCAGACGCAUCCUACAUUGACUCGUUCCUUGGCAGACCAGAGUGGCAAAAUGCAAACUUGAUGGAUGGCGUACACGUCUUCAACUGGAUCCUUGGGCCGACCGUCAUCGACGACCCGAGAAUCCAACAGUUCAUGAGGGAACGACCGGAUGUUCAGCAUCUCGUCAUGUCUACCGAUACCAGUCCCAACAUGUUGGCGCUGGAUUCCUAUGCCAUCCUCCACGGCUACCUGAGGCAGAUCGACCCUGACCGCUUCCCGCAACUUGCCUUCGACAACACCGUCCGGGACCUUUCGCAUAUUGGCUCCAACGUGGAGACUGCUCGUGUGGGCAUGAAGGCGAAGCUGUCGCCAGCCUAUGAGCUCGUCAAGGAUGAGAUUGUUCCCCCAAUCUACAAUAAGUUUAAGGGCAACGGAAUGGAAGAGGGAGUCAUUAAACUCGCCAAGGAAGCCGCAGACAAGAUCAAGGAACCUGCCUUCCUCAAGGAUAUUGAGGAAGCGGAGAAGGACAUCCCGAAUCGCGACACGGAGAUCAUCCCUCUCGGCACCGGAUCUGCUGUGCCAUCAAAGUACCGCAACGUCUCGGCAACCCUAGUCCGGGUACCACAGUACGGCAACUACCUCUUCGACUGCGGUGAGAACACCCUGGGUCAGCUCCAACGAACGUUCGGAGCCGAAGAAACAAACAAGAUUCUUCAAGAGACACGCUGCAUAUUCAUCAGCCACAUGCACGCCGACCACCACCUCGGAACCGCACGCUUCCUUCGCGCCUGGAACGAAGCGACCAUCCACCUCUCUCCCCAGCCUCAACUAGGCCUCAUUGGCCCCGCCGCCAUGCAGUACUUCCUGAUGGAGUACAGCCGCAUCGAGCCCAUCGCCUUCGGACGCGUCAAGCUCAUCCGAAAGGGCCACUUCUUCCCCCACGACGAGGGGCGCCUCCCCACCGACUGCCCUACGCGCCUUGCCUCUGCUCAGCUGGUCCCCGUAAACCACUGCAAGGAUGCCUACGCCGGCGUGCUGACCUGGCCGUCGGGCCUCAAGAUCGCCUACUCGGGCGACUGCCGCCCCAGUGAGAGGCUCGUUGAGGCCGGCAAGGGCGCGACGCUGCUGAUCCACGAGAGCACCUUUGACAAUGACAAGAUGGGCGACGCGGUGGCCAAGAAGCACAGCACGCUGGGCGAGGCUUUGAAGGUGGCGAGCAACAUGGGCGCGCGCCGCGUGCUGCUGACGCACUUUUCGCAGCGGUAUGCUAAGCUGCCGCUCGUCGAGGACCGCAAGACGGAUGAUGGUGCUGAUCAGGCGGUGUUGAUGGCGUGGGAUCAGAUGAGGGUGAAGUUGGGCGAGUUCCGCCAGGCGCAGGCUUUCUUGCCUGCUAUCAGCCGCUAUGUGGAGCAUGAUGCCUUUAGGCAGGAUGCGGAUGAAUAG